AUGGAAGGGGGGGUGGAGGGGAGGGUGGAAGGGGGGUUGGAGGGGGUGGAGGGGAGGUUGGAAAGGGGGGUGGAGGGGAGGAUGGAAGGGGGGUUGGUGCACAACCACAACUACAAACAAAGAGGAACGGUGAGGGUGAAAGAUGGAUCUGCCACCAGCUGUGCCACUGUAAACACGUGUAAACACAAACACCCGCAGGCUUGUGCACACACACAAACAUGCACAGACACACACAGAAUAGACAUGAAACCUGCACUGUCCAUUGAAAAAUUGAAAUUGUUCAGCACGCACACACACACACACACAUACACACUGGCAAGAUUUGUCUCACUACAGUUACUUGUGGUUAGAUUUCUCAUGCUUUUUAAAAAUAAGUUGAGUGAAAAUUCAGAGGGAGGAUAUUAAAGACUUAUGUAUAUGCUUUCCUCCUUCUUUCUCUCUCUCUCUCUCUCUCUCUCUCUCUCAGUCUCUCUUUCUCUCUCUCUCUCUCUCUCUCUCUGUUUCUCUCUCUCUGUGUCUGUCUCUGUCUCUGUCUCUGUCUCUCUGUCUCUCUCUCUGUCUCUCUCUUGCUCUCUCUGUCUCUGUCUCUCUCUCUCUCUCUCUGUGUGUAUCAGAAUGUUUACAGGUCAAAUCUCCCUCUGGGAGUUUAGAUUAAAAUCGUAACAGCUUCUAAGUACAUGAAAGUUCAAAAUGGGAUGCUAAGGCCAACUUUCUCUGUCAAAGUCCAGGUACAAAAACUCCCCAUUUAUAAAAGUCGGCCAUGUUGUUAUUGUUAAGUUCAGAGGGUCAGCGCCAAAAGCUAUAAUGAUGGCCAUUUGAUUUUUCUGUUUGACUAAAUGUGUCCCGAUCCUUUUUUGAUGGGACGGAACACUCACGUUAGGACAGUCCCCAGCAUUAUCCCUUCACUAUCACUUUCAAGGUCACCGUUCUGAAUGGCAGGUCACGUUGUUCGUCAUUGUUGGUCGGGGUGAGGCGGUCACUUGGGGUCAAGUGUGGCCUGUGGGGCAUUGGCGCUGUGUCAUCCGUGACAGUGAGCCAGGCUAGCUAGCAAAACAUUCCUGGGGGUUCUAGGAUGAAGAGGCGACCCACUGUCGACCUACCAAACCAGCCCUGGGCCCUGUUUGAUAAAAAACACACCCUUCCUUCCUCCCAUUCCUUGAUGUAAUCACUGAUCUAACACAAUAGUUCUUCUAUCAUAUCGCUUUCACCAAGCCAGCCAUGUCAAAUCAGGUAUUUCUUCAAGGAAGGGAGGAAGGAUGCAUUCUUAUAGUAUUCAAACAGGGCCCAAACCUUUGCAGUGGUCUAAGAAGAGACUAAAUUAAGGAAAAUGAAACACUUCCUAUGAAUACCCUGUUCAUAAUGCAUUAUGAACAUUGCUCGUCCAUAUAUUUAUUUAUAUAUUCUUAAUUCCAUUGCUUUACUUAGAUUUGUGUGUAUUGGGUAUAUGUUGUGAAAUUGUUAGAUAUUACUUGUUAGAUAUACUGCACUCUCGGAGCUAGAAGCACAAGCAUUUCGCUACACCCGCAAUAACAUCUGCUAAACACGUGUAUGUGACCAAUAACAUUUGAUUUGAUAUAAGGACAUUUAUACUGCCUUUUGAGCUAGGCAAAAUGCAUUAUUAGCACCUGUCGUGCAUUGUAAUUAAGCAAUAAUGCCUGAGGGGGUGUGGUAUAUGACCAAUAUACCACGGCUAAGGGCUGUUCUUAAGCACGACACAACGCAGAGUGCUUGUAUACAGCCCUUAGCCGUGGUAUAUUGGUAAUAUACCACAAACCCUUGAGGUGCCUUAUUGCUAUUAUAAACUGGUUACCAAAGUAAUUAGAGCAGUAAAAAUAAAUGUUUUGUCAUACCCAUGGUAUACCAUGGCUGUCAGCCAAUCAGCAUUCAGGACUUGAACCACCCAGUUUAUAAUGGCUUAUAAUGCAUUAUGAAGAGGGUAUGCAUAACCAAUUAAACAAAUGAGCUUUAGUGAGGUAAAGGGAGUAAAUAUCACAAAUGUGUCGAAUAGAUUGACAGUAUAUGCUCCAAGGUUGCUAUGAAUGUCACUCCGAAUCGCAAAGGAAUGGAACAUAGUAGAAAUGUCUCCUUGACUCAUCAUUUAGAUGCAGGGUAAAUUGCCGUUUUUUUUACACUGCUAUUCAUCCAAUAGUUUUCUUUCCCUUUCCCCUCUAAAGCUUUUCACUGGGCUUAUAGAAAUCUGAUUUGACUGUUAAGUGUGAAAGUUGUGGAGGAAAAGCCAAUCCAAUGACUCCUUGUUUGUUAACGAGAUGCCUCGGCUAACAAGACUCUCCCCCUUGUUUAUCUGUUACCGCUGCAACAUAUGGUGGGGGUCGUCAUUGGAAUUUGUGAUUCAUUAAAUAUUAGUUAAUUAAGGUCAGGCGGUUCUCCAGUACGACAACACAGAGCGCCGCGCUAAGCUGGCCUCCCACACGAGGGUUCGCCGCCACCGAGGAAACAUACAUCACACUCACUACCACUCCAUAAAGGCACAACACACAUACAAAUAAGUCAAAGUAUUUAGUCAACCGUCCCAUAAAGGCACACACACCAUGGACACACAAAUACAAAACGUAAAAUCCAAAAAUGGGACCAAGGAAAUGAAUUAUCCAAACUAUUGGAUAAGUGUUUUAUAAACAACAAGAAAUUUUACAGGAUUGGAACGUCCUUGAAAUCCUCUUCCUAUCUUUACCUGUAUUUAAAGGGGCAUGUUGAUGUGUUUUGACAUACUGUCCACCACCCUCAAAACAGUUAUAACCAUCAAAAUCCACUAUGUAAGACCAAUAGAUGCUUAUCAAGGAGUACCAGGAGCAAAGGUUAAGUGACCUUUCCCCCACGGGCAAGAUCAACAGAUUAUUAACCUUAGGUCGGAUCACUUCGAACAAUUUUCGGUAAUGAAACCCAAAGUCAACCCGCUAAAGCCCCAUCUGCCCCCAAAACUCGUUGGGGUCAAAUGAUGCACAUGGACUUGCAGGAAAAUCCCAGUCCAGGGACCUUAUGAAACAUGCAGAAAAGCUUUUGGGGCAGCAGUUUUAAAAAAUACCAUCAGUACGUAGAGCUACUUACGCGCCAUUUAGUGACUAAAAUCUGCGUGCAGACGGUCGCAAGCCUAUGCGCCAGGCCCCGUGUGAAUUUCGCUAGAGGAAAUGACCAGAAGAGGAUUGGGGAUGUCAUUGGUGGGUGUCACCAAACAUAAUGUAAAAAACCCUCUUUGGGGAACAAUCUUGAGUUGCUCCCACCAUACCUACUGUGCAUUUUGGGUGGAAAGUCAUUCUUUUUACGUUUUAAUGUCAAGACAGGAAGCUUUGUCAGUGUGACUGAUGUGUAUAGAAAGUCGGGUGUACGGAGUUUGGUAGUAAAACUGGGCUUCCAUGAGUCUACUGGAGAACAGAGCCAAAAGUUGUCUGUGUGUGUCUGGUGUGCCAUGUGUAUGGUGAGAGUGAGUGAAGUGUUGUGGUUGGAACUGUGUGAUAUUGGUGGGUUGUCCGUGUGCCGGGCGGGGCGCUGUUUUGGGGGGGGGGUUGGGGGGGUUUUCCUUUGGGGCCCUUGUUUUUUUGGGGGUUUGGGUUUUUUCCCCGGGGGCCCCUUUUUUAAGUAGGGAAAACAAAAGGGUUUUGGCAAAACCCAAAUUUGGGGGUUUUUUGUUUUUCGAAAAAUUUGGUUUGCUCCCAAAGUGGUAAAAAAUAUUACAAGGGUUUGAAAAAUUUUUCCUAUUUAAUUUCCUUAAAAAAUUGGUUUUUAAAUUGGGGGAAAACCUUUUUAAGGGCUCUUGCCCCCCCGGGACCGUAUUAAUGACACUGUUAACUUUAUCAGUAUAAAAGACACCGUCACACCCAAACAGUCACACUCCAAACCACUAUGCCAGACCAAGGCGUCAAGGACCCAGAAACAAAUUGUAGACCUGCACCAGCGGAGACUGAAUCGCAUGGGAGCGUUGGUUGAGAAAUCAAUGUGGAGCAAUAUUAGGAAAUGGAAGACAUACAAGCCACUGAUAAUCUCCCGAUUGGGCUCCCAGAUCUCACCCCGUGGGGUCAAAAUGACACAAGAACGUGAGCAAAAAUCCCCAGAACCACACGGGGGGACCUAGUGAAUGACCUGCAGAGAGCUGGGGACCAAAGUAACAAAGCCUACCAUCAGUAAACACACUACGCCGCCAGGGACUCAAAUCCUGCAGUGCCAGACGUGUCCCCCUGCUUAAGCCAGUACAUGUCCCAGGCCCGUCUGAAGUUUGCUAGAGUGCAUAUGGAUGAUCCAGAAGAGGAUUGGGAGAAUGUCAUAUGGUCAGAUGAAACCAAAAUAUAACUUUUUGGUUAAAAACUCAACUCGUCGUGUUUGGAGGACAAAGAAUGCUGAGUUGCAUCCAAAGAACACCAUACCUACUGUGAAGCAUGGGGGUGGAAACAUCAUGCUUUGGGGCUGUUUUUCUGCAAAGGGACCAGGACGACUGAUCGUGUAAAGGAAAGAAUGAAUGGGGCCAUGUAUCGUGAGAUUUUGAGUGAAAACCUCCUUCCAUCAGCAAGGGCAUUGAAGAUGAAACGUGGCUGGGUCUUUCAGCAUGACAAUGAUCCCAAACACACCGCCCGGGCAACGAAGGAGUGGCUUCGUAAGAAGCAUUUCAAGGUCCUGGAGUGGCCUAGCCAGUCUCCAGAUCUCAACCCCAUAGAAAAUCUUUGGAGGGAGUUGAAAGUCCGUGUUGCCCAGCGACAGCCCCCAAAACAUCACUGCUCUAGAGGAGAUCUGCAUGGAGGAAUGGGCCAAAAUACCAGCAACAGUGUGUGAAAACCUUGUGAAAACUUACAGAAAACGUUUGACCUGUGUCAUUGCCAACAAAGGGUAUAUGACAAAGUAUUGAGAAACUUUUGUUAUUGACCAAAUACUUAUUUUCCACCAUAAUUUGCAAAUAAAUUCAUAAAAAAUACUACAAUGUGAUUUUCUGGAAUUUUUUUCCUCAAUUUGUCUGUCAUAGUUGACGUGUACCUAUGAUAAAAAUUACAGGCCUCUCUCAUCUUUUUAAGUGGGAGAACUUGCACAAUUGGUUGCUGACUAAAUACUUUUUUUCCCCACUGUACGUACUCACACACACAUACAAAUGGGACCAAGGGACAAUAGUAAUAUCCCAAACUCAUUUGAUCCUUGGUUUUAUAACAAAUAAGAUGAGAGGGAUUGGAGUCCUUCAGAAAUCACUCAUCAGCUACUUUUAGUGUGGCAUAAUGGUGCUAUGUACUGUGUGUGGCUUUUGACAUACUGCCACCACCACUGCAAAACAUAUUUGAAUUAUAACCAUCAACUCACAUUCAUAUUUUAGUCAUUUAGCAGACGCUCUUAUCCAGAGUGAGUUACAGGAGCAAUUAGGGUUAAGUGCCUUGCUCAAGGGCACAUCAACAGAUUAUUCACCUAGUCGGCUCAGGGAUUCAAACUUUUCGGUUACUGAACCAACGCUCUUAACCGCUAGGCCACCUGCCGCCCAAAACUCGUUGACGAUUGUCAAAUAGAUGGCCAUUGUUUGACUUUGCAUGGAUAGACUUUGUGCCAUGUCCAUUGCUCUUUAUGUUUAACAUGAAGAACAUUACAUUUUGGGCUUAGCAGCCUUCUAAAUAUCCAUAGUACUGUAGCGCUAUUAACGCUUACACAUUUAUGACUAAAGAAAUGUGGUGAAAAGGAAUCGAACCAAGACUAUGCGCGUCAGGCACGGUGGAUUAUUUCGGGAAAUGCAAAAUAGCAGAAUAAACGGUUGUCAUUGUGAUGUCACCAGCACCAUAUUAAAAACACUUUAACCCUCUUCCUCCCCUUCCUCCUCCUCCUCCUCCUUUCUUUCUCUCUGCAUUUUCAUGUAAAGUCUUUCUUUUUUCACGUUUUUAAUGUCAAGCACAGUGAAAUGCUUUUCUUGUCAGUGUGACUGACUGGUGUAUAGAAAGUCGAGGUGUGAGGGUUGACAGUAACAUUGGGCUUUACCAAUGAGUCCUACUGGAGAACAGGAGCCAAGAAGUGUCUCUGUGUGUGUCUGUGUGUGCCUGUGUAUUUGUGCCUGUGAGUGCCUGUGUGUGUGUGUGUGUGCCUGUGUGCCUGUGUGUGUGUGCCUGUGUGUGUGUGUGUGUGUGUGUGUGUGUGUGUGUGUGUGUGUGCCUGUGUGUGCGUGUGUGCCUUUGUGUGCGUGUGUGUGUGUUUUCCUGUGUGUGCCUGUGUGUUGAUAGUAGUUCAAAUCAAAUGUUAUUGGUCACAUACACAUGUUUAGCAGAUGUUAUUGUGGUGUAGCGAAAUGCUUGUGUUCCUAGCUCCAACAGUGCAGUAAUAUCUAACAAUUACAAGGACAGCUCUUGAAUAACAGUCUUUGUACGCUCCAUUUACGAUCUCACCUUGAUUGGCCAAAUACAUUGGCAGGUUUAGUUGAUAUGUGUUUAGCAGAAUUAGUUAAAAUGUGUUUAGCCGUCAUUAAACUUUAAUUAAAAAGCUAUUUACACCUCAUCAUUGGAUGUUGAUCAUUGUGUGUUCGCUAAUGACUCAGUGUGUUGAUUGUUGGUCACUAGUUUGGCCUAAAGCACACACACACACACACACACAUUUCCAAGCCCUCCUCUGAAGGUAAAAAGUAGUGGGAGGGAGGGGGGGAAGGAGGGAGGGAGGGAGGAGGGGAAGGAGGGAAUGAGGGGAAGAAAGGGAGGGAGGGAGGAGGAACGGGGGAGGGGAAAAGGGAAUUUGGGUAAAGGUGGGGCAUUGUUCCGGAGAAAAUAGGGUUAUCAGUACCACUCAGAUAACCAACUCCCCUCCUCUCUCUCUCUCAAUUCAAUUCAAUUCAAUUCAAUUUAAGGGCUUUAUUGGCAUGGGAAACGUAUGUUAACAUUGCCAAAUCAAGUGAAGUAGAUCUCUCUCUCUCUCUCUCUCUCUCUCUCUCUCUCUCUCUCUCUCUCUCUCUCUCUCUCUCUCUCUCACCUCAAAAUAAAUGCUGGAGUUUUGGCCCAAGCCGUGACCCACUAGGGUCCACUAGGUCACAUGACCAACUGGCCUGUAAACCUCCCCCACCACCUCACCCCCGACCCCACCCCCUCCUCCUUUCAGGGGCCGGCCUAGCGCAGAGGCCAGGGGUGAGAGAGCCACAGAGAUCUCAGAGAACUGUUCAGAGCAGGACUGGGAAGAGAGGGAAGGAGAAAGAAACAGAAAGAGAAAGCAAAUAGAGAGAGAGGAACAGAGAGAGGGUAAAAGCACCUAGAGGAGUCAUGAAGGCGAAUCUGCCACGGAAGAUGCAGUGUCAAUAGUGAUAUAGUGGCUUUAUAUAUAUAUAUAUAUUUUAUAUAUAUUUGAUACAGCGCUACCAGUGUGGAUGGUGGCCAGGAGACUCACUGGCAGACUAGGACCAGUAUGAAAUGGAUACAUGGGAAGGUAUGGGUGUGUGUGUGUGUGUGUGUGUGUGUGUGCACGUGCCUGUGUGUGUGUGUAUGUUCACGUGUCUGUGUGUGUGUGUGUGUAUAUGUUCACGUGUCUGUGUGUGUGUAGAGGGAGGGAGGUGGUAGAUGUGUUCCUCUUACUUAAGGAGAUUGAGACCACAGGACAUUAAACAGUAAUGAUUUAGCUUGUUUUGUGUUUGUAUCUGAUACCAUUGAUGAUUUUAUCAUGGCUUUCAGUGAACUUUGAUCUGGUAUUAGAGAAUGGGCCUAUAGUUGUCCGUGGGAAAACUGUGAUUUGUUUCUAGUGAACUGUAGAUUUUAACCAAAUGCUUGGAUUUAGAUUUUUUAGGAUGGUCAGUCAUUCUAAUUUCCUAAUAACAUUUGGAAAUGUAAAAAUGUUGUUGUGGUAAAAGGAUUUGUUAGAAUUCUGUGAACAUUCCGGUAGCUUCCGCAGUAGCAUUACCUUAUGCGUGCGACAGUAUAUUAGAAUAAGAAAAGCCCCUUAGCGAUGACAGUCAAAAGAUUUGCAACUGCUACUGUGGAGAUUUUCUGCUGAGCUAAUCAAAUGUGUGUGUUUGGGGGGUGGGGCUCGGCGCUGUGGAGACAGGAAGCAUUUGUGAUUGUAUCCAUAGAACAUUUACAUGUUUUAGUCAUUUAGCAGACGCUCUUAUCCAGAGCGACUUACAGUAGUGAGUGCAUACGUUUUCGUACUGGUCCCCCGUGGGAAUCGAAUCCACAACCCUGGCGUUGCAAGCGCCAUGCUCUACCAACUGAACCACACGUGACCUGCAUUAACCCAUAUUAACGUACACAUGUACAGUUGAAGUCAGAAGUUUACAUACACCUUAGCUAAAUACAUUUACACUCAGUUUUUCACAAUUCCUGACAUUUAAUCCUAGUAAAAAUUCCCUGUCUUAGGUCAGUUGGGAUCACCACUUUAUUUUAAGAAUGUGAAAUGUCAGAAUAAUAGUAGAGAGAAUGAUUUAUUUAAGCUUUUAUUUAUUUCAUCACAUUCCCAGUGGGUCAGAAGUUUACAUACACUCAAUUAGUAUUUAGUAGCAUUGCCUUUAAAUUGUUUAACUUGGGUCAAAUGUUUCGGGUAGCCUUCCACAAGCUUCCCACAAUAAGUUGGGUGAAUUUUGGCCCAUUCCUCCUGACAGAGCUGGUGUAACUGAGUCAGGUUUGUAGGCCUCCUUGCACGCACACGCUUUUUCAGUUCUGCCCACAAAUGUUCUAUAGAAUUGAGGUCAUUGCUUUGUGAUGGCCACUAAAAUACAUUGACUUUGUUGUCCUUAAGCCAUUUUUCCACAACUUUGGAAGUAUGCUUGGGGUCAUUGUCCAUUUGGAAGACCCAUUUGCGACCAAGCUUUAACUUCCUGACUGAUGUCUUGAGAUGUUGCUUCAAUAUAUCCACAUAAUUUUCCUUCCUCAUGAUGCCAUUUAUUAUGUAAAGUGCACCAGUCCCUCCUGCAGCAAAGCACCCCCACAGCAUGAUGCUGCCACCCCCGUGCUUCACGGUUGGGAUGGUGUUCUUCGGCUUGCAAGCAGCCCCCUUUUUCCUCCAAACAUAGCGAUGGUCAUUAUGGCCAAACAGUUCUAUUUUUGUUUCAUCAGACCAGAGGACAUUUCUCCAAAAAGUACGAUCUUUGUCCCCAUGUGCAGUUGCAAACCGUAGUCUGGCUUUUUUAUGGCGGUUUUGGAGCAUUGGCUUCUUCCUUGCUGAGCGGCCUUUCAGGUUAUGUCGAUAUAGGACUCGUUUUACUGUGGAUAUAGAUACUUUUGUACCUGUUUCCUCCAGCAUCUUCAAGGUCCUUUGCUGUUGUUCUGGGAUUGAUUUGCACUUUUCGCACCAAAGUACUUUCAUCUCUAGGAGACAGAACGCGUCUCCUUCCUGAGAGGUAUGACGUCUGCGUGGUCCCAUGGUGUUUAUACUUGCGUACUAUUGUUUGUACAGAUGAACGUGGUACCUUCAGGCGUUUGGAAAUUGCUCCCAAGGAUGAACCAGACUUGUGGAGGUCUACAAUGUUUUUUCUGAGGUCUUGGCUGAUUUCUUUUGAUUUUCCCAUGAUGUCAAGCAAAGAGGCACUGAGUUUGAAGGUAGGCCUUGAAAUACAUCCACAGGUACACCUCCAAUUGACUCAAAUGGUGUCAAUUAGCCUAUCAGAAGCUUCUAAAGCCAUGACAUCAUUUUCUGGAAUUUUCCAAGCUGUUUAAAGUCACAGUCAACUUAGUGUCUGUAAACUUUUGACCCACUGGAAUUGUUAUAAGUGAAAUAAUCUGUCUGUCUGACUUGUGUCAUGCACAAAGUAGAUGUCCUAACCAACUUGCCAAAACUAUAGUUUGUUAACAAUUUGUGGAGUGGUUUAAAAAACGAGUUUUAAUGACUCCAACCUAAGUAUAUGUAAACUUCCGACUUCAACUGUAUGUCAGACUUUUUUGAGUGAGAGUUUGUGAGAGAAGGGAAGAGAUAGAGAGAAGGAGAAUACAGAGAGUGGGAGGAGGGGGGGCAGUUUUUUUUGCGGCCUGUCUGUGCAGCCCAUCUGGAAAAGGUUUUUGUGCAGGCAACACAGUCAGUGUUUACGUGGUGCCACCGCGUGUGUGUGUGUGUGUGUGUGUGUGUGUGUGUGUGUGUGUGUGUGCGGGGGUAGCCCGGGGUCGUCCUGGCUCCACAGAGCCCUGUAAAAUCCCCCGGGUCUUAUUGGGGGACUCACAGCUGGGCCAACCUCUCGGUGCCCUCUCCUCAGAAUACAGCCUUUCCCCUCUCUCACCAUAUUUGACCCCAUGUUUUACCCCUCCUCUGUAGCUCAGUUGGUAGAGCAUGCCACUUGCAACGCCAGGAUAGUAGGUUUGUUUUCCUGGGACCACCCAUACGUAAUUAAUAAUAUAUCACACAUGACUCUAAGUCGCUUUGGUUAAAAGCGUCUGCUAAAAGCCAUAUAUUAUCAGGAGGAAGUCAUAAAGUUUUUCUUGUACAUGGUGGACUUUCAAAAGUCUCCCUGAUCAAUGCCCUGAUUUUAAUUUGCUCUGGAGAAGAGUGUCCACUAAAUUACUUAAAUGUAAAAGCAUAAAAGUACAUAAUGGAUAGAAAAUGGUAGCUCAUCCAUGCGAUGCAGGGAGUUGUGGGGAUUCUUAGACCAGUGUUGGUCGAGCUUGUUGUGUAGUAUUUCUUGCUAUAAUAUCUAUAAUUCCCUGUACCUUUCUUAUUGGGUUGUAAGCACGCAUGAGUUUAUGGAUAAGUGAAUGACUGUAGUUUAUAUUCUUUCUUUAUCUAAUUGUCGCUCUCCCUCUUCAUUUGGCUUUCACUUUCUGAUGCAGAGCUUUGACUUUGUGGUCCUCUGUAGCUCAGCUGGUAGAGCAUGGCCGCUUGUAACGCCAGGGUAGUGGGUUCGAUCCCCGGGACUACCCAUACAAAAAAAUGUUUUAUGCACGCAUGACUGUAAGUCGCUUUGGAUAAAAGCCAUUUAGCAGACGCUUUUAUCCAAAGCGACUUACAGUCAUGUGUGCACACAUUUUUGUGUAUGGGUGGUCCCGGGGAUCGAACCCACUACCUUGGCAUUACAAGCGCCGUGCUCUACCAGCUGAGCUAUUACAUAUUAUACUUCCUCUGUAAAGCACUUUGAAACAAUGGCUUAUUUAAAAACGGCUUUGCACAUACAUUUGAUUGAUGGAUUUAAUUGAUUGAUCUCUUUCCUUGUGAAAUACAAUAAUACAUCUAUCUCAAAGGAGUCGUAUAUCAGAAUGGAUUUGUUAUGACAAUCUGUUUUGAUCGUUGUGUGUUUUAGGAGAGGGCCUCAGUGGCUGUAGUCUAUGGACGUUAGGUGGUGUUAAUUCUUUGAUGCAGAGAGCAAUCAGUAACAUGUUUUGGAUUGAUUAAGAGGGUUGUUAGCAUGCCACCAUUUUGUUUCUGCCUAAUGGUUACAUCUCUGACUGAUAGAUAGUGCUUGGUUACAUUUAUUUGUCCAUCUGUCCAUCCAUCCACCAAUCCAUCCACCCGUCCACCCGUCCGUCCGUCCGUCCAUCCAUCCACCCGUCCGUCCAUCCAUCCAUCCGUCCAUCCAUCCACCCGUCCGUCCGUCUGUCCGUCCGUCCGUCCAUCCAUCCACCCAUUGUCAUUAUCUCUUGACUCUAUCCUGCCAAAGUGAAGCUCAUUGCCUCCCAUGCCUCUCUGACUGUUACAACCCCGUCUUGUAGGUUCCUUUCUGAUAGGGGCUAGCGUUUACAGGAGCUCCCUGUCCUAGGGCUAUUUAAAACAGAAAGUGAAUGUGAGCGAAACUAACAACCAUGGUGGGGUUGCCAUAGAAAUAGAAUCUAGAUAGUAGAUUCUAACUCUCUGGGGGUAGUUGUAUGAUGGGAGAUGCAUAUUGGCUAUUGUGUCCAUUGUGAAGUAGUCCUUCUGACAUCUCCCUCUCCUUCCUUCUUCCCGUGCGCAGGGGCCUCCUUCCGCGACUUUUUCGGGCGCCUGCACAGGCCUUAGCGGGUGCUCAUUUCUUGACCGGGCUCCAGGGCCACUCGGUGAGCUGCCUGCGCUUCCAAAGCGCGAGCGCGGCAGCGCUGGGAGGCAAAGCAGUGGAGAGCUUCAGCUCGGCUUCCAUCUUUCUCUACGUGGUCGCAAUGCGUCAGACCGGGUCAGGAGGGCGUCCGCGGCUCGGAGCUGGGCAAGCCGGCGGGCCAGGCCCGGCCCACCAUUGUUCGGACGUGCGCUCUGCGACGGCCGACGUCGUCUUCUCUGUCUCUACCUCGAGUCCAUUCUUUCGCUGCUCUUCGUUUCUUCAUUUCUUUCAUCUUUCUCCAUUUCUUUCUCUUUCCAUCUCUUUCUCUUCCUUUCUCUUUCCAUCUCUUUCUCUUCCAUUCUCUUUCUAUCUUUCUCCAUUUCUUUCUCUCUCGUCUGUAGAAUACCUUUCUCCCAGCAGCUUGCUGCUUUUGUCUUUGUGGGUAGGAGGGUUAAUACAAUGUAGUCUUUCAUCUUAAUCUUCUCUCUGCUGGGUAUGGGAAGGUGCUGGGCUGGCUGACUCGGCUGUGUGUAAAGGUUUUUUUCUUUUGGAAUGGGGGUGGGGGGGGGGGGGUAAUUAGGAUUGUGUGAAGCUCAAUAGCAGGAAUGGGGGCGAGGGUGAGGUAUAUGGAGAGUUCAGAAGAUUUCUAAAUGUAGGCUCUAGUAAAAUGUGAUGUAUUAGUGUAGGGUUAGCAGUUGGGGAGGUAUUAUUUUGGUUUAGCAACCCACAUGUGUGUGUGUGUAGGCAAAACUGUAGACCCAAGAUGUUGACCCAACAGACAGACACACACACACACACACACACACAACCUCCCCCGACCACCAACACCCAACCGUCUUCACACAGAGAGCAUCUGUCAACAUGACAAAACAAAGGACAUGUUUUUUAGAAGAAAUCCUCACUCAUCAAUGUAGCCUAUUGAACAGACAGUAGCACGAAUAUCAAUAAAUCAUCCCAUUGUCUUUGGCCAAUGAGAACCAAUGAUGCUGCUGAUAUAACUCCAAAAUAACCUUGAUCCUGUUGAACGCCUGAUUUGACUCACACCUGCUUUGGCAUAAUCAGUCAUAGUAUUCUACUUUGAGUUGAAUCGAGUAAGUAUUAACCAAAUGAUUGGGCUAACAUUAGGAGGAAAGCAUAAUUAUUAACAUUAUUGGAACCUUUAUCCCGGUGAGCAAUGCUUUGGUAUAAUAAAUCAAACAAUAGUCUAGUCUUCUACUUUGAGUUGUAAAGCAUUAACCAAAUGGUUGGGCUAACGUUAGAAGGAAAACCUGGGAAUCGGAGCGAGACACGUUCCCUUUUCUCCUGUUGUUUCCUCAAGGACACACUGUCGAGGGGAAUUCAAUCAUAUUUCGGAAUGUGGAAUUUUGCAUAUUUUCUCAAAGGGAAAGGGAUCAGUGUGUGUGUGUGUGUGUGUGUGUGUGAUGGGUGCCGUGUCCUUUCCUGCUGGAGAGCAAUUGAUCAUCGAUCAAAGAAGGGAUGAUUCUAGAGGAGUGUAAAAAUAGAAAAUUGACAACCUACAAGAGUGAUAAUCAGUACUGACAAGAUAUUGAAUUGUCACAUUUACACAUUAUUUAGUGCGUAGUACACUUGAAGCGUGUACAUUCUGGAGUGUGCACUCCGACAUGAGGAAGUCUUACCACUUAAGGGCACCACACACCCUAUGCAAACAGAGCGACAGAUGUACGGGCCGCACAUAACUACGUGGAACUACCGUACAUAGAAAACGACGCUCCGUCACUGUGUUUACGUAACCUGUGUAGCGGCAUUAGCGAGCGAUAACACUGUUUUUACACACUUUUUCAUUAUAUUAUUAUUUAGUGUAACUUCAGACGGGAAAAUUUAAGAAUAUUCUGAUGCUUUCAUAGAAACAUGACUCGACUUCGGCGAAAUACUAAACAUUUUGAGAUUCAUAUUUCCUCUGAACCCCAUUAUUCUAUGAAGUUGCAUCUAUGCCUAAAUGGCAGACACAUCUGUAUUGAUCAAAACAUAUCUUUAUUCACACAGACACCUCUGUAUUGGUCAAAACGUAUCUUUAUUCACACAGACACAUCUAAUGAACACAUUUGCAGCUGACCUGUUGCUAAGAUCUUAAGAUCUGGGCUUAAGAUCUGGGCUCUGUGGUCUUCCCAGGGGGACCUGGGGGGGUAAGAUCUUCUCCAGUAUGGGAUGAGGGGGGAGGUCUUUGUUUCAGUGUGAGCUGAGAGCCAGGAAUACACCAGGGAGGAUUACAGAGAGAGAAGAUGGAGGGAAGAAGAAAAACAGGCAGUGAAGGAGAGGGCAGAUGAGGAAGACAUAUUGGGUGAUUGAAACGUUGGGUACUCUGAUGUAAGAGGAAGUUUAAAUACCUAUACAAUGGUGCCGUUUAAUUACAGUUUAAGAAAACAUUGUUAAUUAUGCAUUGUGCACAGGUUUUGUGUAAUCAGUAAUCGCACAUUAUUUAUUUCAAUUCAUAAGAAAUGUAUAAACAAACUGAAAUGAGUUAUAGGAACGUCUUAUAUCGUCUUGUAUGUUUCACGAUAUCCAAUCACCUCUCAUACUGACGGCGCAUUUAUAGCCAAUGAGCUUUGAUAUAUUGAUUCAUUGGUUGAACCGGCACAGUGUAGUAUUGUUAUAGUUCCCCUUUAAUCUUUUUCUUUUUUUAAGAAACUCCCUUUACAAGGGUGAGAAAAUUUUUUUUUUUAAACCAAAAGGAAAAUGGAGAGGAGAAGUAGAGAGGGUGGAUUAGGAGAGGUGUGAAGGUGUGAGUGGAGAUGGGUUGUGAUGGGUUAGUGGAGGGUGUAUAGGUUGAGUGGGAGAGGGUGUGAGGGGGAAGGGUUUGUAUAUGUUUGGGGGGUGUGAGUUGGGAAGGGUGUGAUUGUAUAGUUUCCCUUUGUUUUUGGCGUUUGGGUGUGGGUUUUUGACAAGAGGGGGUGGGGGGGGGGAGAUGGGUGGGGAGUGGCGGGGGUGUGUUGAGGGGUGAGUUGUGGAGGGUGUGGUGGGGUGUGGUGGGGGUGGUGCGUGUGGGGUUUGGCGCGGGUGUGCUGUUGCUGGGUUUGUUGCGCGGGUGUGCGGCUUUGGGUGGUGGCCGGGGUGUUCGCUGGGUGGUUGGCGUGGCGCGGGUGUGGGGGCGGGUGUGCGCCGGGUGUGAGUCGGGGGGUGUGAGUCGGGUGUGCGUAGGCGAGGGUGUUGUGGGUGUGGCGGUGUGUUGGAGCGAGCGGGUGUGGCGGGUGAGUGUGGUGUGAGUAGGCGAGGGUGUAGUGGGAGAGUGUGGUGGAGCGGGUGUGUCGGGUGUGAGUGCGCGGGUGUGCGUGGAGAGGGUGUGAGGUGUGGUAGGAGAGGGUUGAGAGGACGGUGUGGUCGGAGGGGUGUGAGGGGUUUUGUGAGGGUGUGCGUGAGGGCUGUGUUUCUGUGUUGUGAGGGGUGUGGUAGGAAGGGUGUGAGUGGGAGACGGUGUGAGUUGGACGGGUGUGAGUGGUAGAGAGAAAGACAGCGAGUGAGGGAGGGGCUGUGUGUUUUUUAAGAGGAACCUGUCCCAUUGACUCACCCUUUAAAAUGCCUGAGUUACAUUUCCUGAUUGCUUUAAAGUUUGGAAUGGCACCGGGGCUGACCCCGGCGGAAAACAAUGUGGCCUUUAACGGGGCUCAAGGGGUGGGGUGGGUAAAGGAGGGGUGGGGGGUAACCGUAAAACGACCGUGGAGUUCAAGAUGAGGUUGAGUGCUGGCCGGGGCAUUGUGAUCUCUUCUCACACCCCAGUGAAGUGAUUUAACACAGCUGACCUCGCGGUAACCUCACCAACAGACCCCCACAAACACACACACUCACCACCCUUAGACAUAUAACGUAACACAACCCAAAGUAGCGCAACGCAACGUCCCGCAACUUCCCGCCACAUCACGCAACAGUUUACUUCACAUCAAGACGGAAUCUAAAGGCUUGGCAUCAGUGGAAUGUGAUCUGUGCCAUCAAAGCACCCAGUCAGGCCAUGUGUUUAGGCAGUAAGAAGUAACAAUCAAUGAUGGGAGCUGUUUAGGAGCCACCGAGCAGCCAUUUUAGGGUUUAUAAACAACCAAUGAUGUACUGUGCAUUCGGAAAGUAUUCAGAUCCCUUGACUUUUUCCACAUUUUGUUACGUUACAGCCUUAUUCUAAAAUUGAUUAAAUAAAUAAAAUCUACACACAAUACCCUAUAAUGACAAAGUGAAAACAGGUUUUUAGAAAUGUUUGCAAUUUAAAAAAAAUUAAAAACAGAAAUACCUUAUUUACAUAAGUAUUCAGACCCUUUACUAUGAGACUCGAAAUUGAGCUCCGGUACAUCCUGUUUCCAUUGAUCAUCGUUGAUGUUUCUACAACUUGAUUGGAGUCCACCUGUGGUACAUUUAAUUGAUUGGACAUGAUUUGGAAAGGCACACACCUGUCUAUAUAAGGUCCCACAGUGCAUGUCAGAGCAAAAACCAAGCCAUGAGGUCGAAGGAAUUGUCUGUAGAGCUCCGAGACAGAAUUGUGUCAAGGCACAGAUCUGGGGAAGGGUACCAAACAAUUUCUGCAGCAUUGAAUGUCUCCAAGAACACAGUGGCCUCCAUCAUUCUUAAACGGAAGAAGUUUGGAACCAACCAAAACUCUUCCUAGAGCUGGCCACCUGGCCAAACUGAGCAAUCGGGGGAGAAGGGCCUUGGUUAGGGAGGUGACCAAGAACCCGAUGGCCACUCGGACAGAGCUCUAGAGUUCCUCUGUGGAGAUGGGAGAACCUUCCAGAAGGACAACCAUCUCUGCAGCACUCCACCAAUCAGGCCUUUAUGGUAGAGUGGCCAGACGGAAGCCACUCCUCAGUAAAAGGCACAUGACAGCCCGCUUGGAGUUUGCCAAAAGACCAUGAGAAAAAAGAUGAUGAAACCAAGUCUGAUGAAACCAAGAUUGAACUCUUUGGCCUGAAUGCCAAGUGUCACGUCUGGAGGAAACCUGGCACCAUCCCAACGGUGAAGCAUGGUGGUGGCAGCAUCAUGCCUUGGGGAUGUUUUUCAGCUUUAGGGACUGGGAGACUAGUAAGGAUCGAGGGAAAGAUGAAUGGAGCAAAGUACAGAGAGAUCCUUAAUGAAAACCUGCUCCAGAGUGCUCAGGACCUCAGACUGGGGCGAAGGUUCACCUUCCAACAGGACAACGACCCUAAGCACACAGCCAAGAUAACGCAGGAGUGGCUUCGGUACAAGUCUCUGAAUAUCCUUGAGUGGCCCAGCCAGAGCCCGGACUUGAACCCGAUCGAACAUCUCUGGAGAGACCUGAAAAUAGCUGUGCAGCGAUGCUCCCCAUCCAGCCUGACAGAGCUUGAGAGGAUCUGCAGAGAGGAAUGGGAGAAACUCCCCAAAUACAGGUGUUGCCAAGCUUGUAGCGUCAUACCCAAGCAGACUCUAGGCUGUCAUUGCUGCCAAAGGUGCUUAAUCAAAGUACUGAGUAAAGGGUCUGAAUACUUAAGUAAAUAUUUCCGUUUUUGCUUUGUCACUUGGGUUAUUUUGUGUAGAUUGAUGAAGGGUGAAAACAAUUUAAUCCAUUUUAGAAUAAGGCUGUAAUGUAACAAAAUGUGGAAAAAGUCAAGGGGUCUGAAUACUUUCUGAAUGCACUGUAUGUAAACCCUGGAUUGCUUAUGCUAUGUAUUGACCAUUGAGAGGCUUUGAAGCUACUGGUCGGCCAUAUUGGCACUCCUCAGAAUAGCAGUCCUCCGUAGGAAUUAACCUCUACGGGACGGUUGAGCUAACGUGCACUAAUGUGAUUAGCAUGACUGUUGUAAGUAACAGCAAACUUUCCAGGACAUAGACAUGUCUUAUAUGGGCAGAAAGCUUAAAUUCUCGUUUAUCUAACUGCACUGUCCAAUUGACAGUAGCUAUUACAGUGAAAAAAUAUUGUUUGAGGAGACUGCAAAACAACAACAAAAAACAUAUCACAGCAACUGGUUUGAUACAUUCACCUCAGAAGGUAAAUACUGUACUUACAUUCAGUAAUCUUGCUCUGAUUUGUCAUCCUAAGGGUCCCAGAGAUAAAAUGUAGCAUAGUCAAUUUUUGAUAUUCAAAUGUAGGAACUGGGUUCUACAGUUUGAACCCCUGCUGUCUCUGGCUCCACACCCACCCCACCCGGCCAUCUAGAUGUUGUCACGAUCGUCUUGAGAAGAAGCGGGCCAAGGCGCAGCGUGAUAUGCGUACAUAUUUAUUUCAGUGUACACACAACGAACAAAACAACAAACGAUACGAAACGUGAAGUCCUACGGUUACACAAACCAAAACGGAACAAGAUACCACAUUAAACAAAUGCCAAACGGCUACCUAAGUAUGGCUCCCAAUCAGAGACAACGAGCUACAGCCGUCUCUGAUUGGGAACCACCCUGGCCAACAUAGAAAUACCAAACUAGAAGCAACACAACCUAGAACACAAAAACAUAGAAACUAACACCCUGGCUCAACAUACGAGAGUCCCCACAGCCAGGGCGUGACAGUACCCCCCCAAAGGCGCGUACUCCGACCGCGCCAACCAAACACAACAGGGGAGGGACCGGGUGGGCACUCCGCCUCGGCGGCGGAUCCGGUUCCGGGCAUGACCCCCACUCCCUCUCUAACCCCCCAAAGCGCCCCUGGUCCGGUCUGGCCCUGCUGGCCGGAGCUGGACUAAAUACUGGUGGAGCGGAUUGCUCUAGCUCCGGAGUGGAGCAGCUGACCGGUGCCGGACCAGGCACCGGUGGAACAGGCACGGGCUGUGCCGGACAGACGACGCGCACCACUGGCUUGGUGCGGGGAUCAGGAACAGGCCGGACCGGGCUGGCGACGCGCACCACUGGCUUGGUGUGGGGAUCAGGAACAGGCCGGGCCGGGCUGACGACGCGCACCACUGGCUUGGUGCGGGGAGCAGGAACGGGCCGGACCGGGCUGACGACGCGCACCACAGGUUUAGUGCGGGGAGCAGGAACGGACCGGGCUGGCGACGCGCACCACUGGCUUGGUGCGGGGAGCAGGAACGGGCCGGACCGGGCUGGCGACGCGCACCACUGGCUUGGUGCAAGGGGCAGGAACAGGCCGGACCGGGCUGGCGACGCGCACCACAGGCUUGGUGCGAGGGACAGGAACAGGCCGGACCGGGCUGGCGACGCGCACCACAGGCUCGGUGCGAGAGGCAGGAACAGGCCGGACCGGGCUGGCGACGCACACCACAGGCUCGGUGCGAGAGACAGGAACAGGCCGGACCGUACUAAGGACACACGCAACUGGCCCUACGCGGGGAUCAGGAACGGGCCGGACCGGACUAGCAACACACCCCAGUACCUCUCGCCGUGCCUCUACGUUCUCCUUCCCCCUGGUGUCCAGUAACUCCCGUAACCUGGCGGCCUCCUCUGCCAACCCUCUGAACCACUCUAUCCCGUACACCUGCUGCCCCGUUGUCCACGGCGUGAGCCCCCCCCUAAAAAAUGUCUGGGCUUGUCUCUCCCCCGUGGACCAGGCCUCCAUGGUUCUCGCCCAACUCUCACUCCACUGCUCCCAAUUCCAACCUCUCUCCUCAUCACGCUGCUUGACCCAGUCGUGGUGGUAUCUUCUGUCACGAUCGUCUUGAGAAGAAGCGGGCCAAGGCGCAGCGUGAUAUGCGUACAUAUUUAUUUCAAUGUACACACAACGAACAAAACAACAAACGAUACGAAAUGUGAAGUCCUACGGUUACACAAACCAAAACGGAACAAGAUACCACAUUAAACAAAUGCCAAACGGCUACCUAAGUAUGGCUCCAAAUCAGAGACAACGAGCUACAGCCGUCUCUGAUUGGGAACCACCCUGGCCAACAUAGAAAUACCAAACUAGAAGCAACACAACCUAGAACACAAAAACAUAGAAACUAACACCCUGGCUCAACAUACGAGAGUCCCCAGAGCCAGGGCGUGACAGAUGUGUGAAAGUUAGUGUAUAAACUAAUGAUCCAUCAUGUAUGACAUUCCUGGGAGUGUGUAAACUUACAUUUUGUAUUACCAUAUCAUUUUUGUAUGUUCUCUAUAGUUAAGUACUUGAAAAUGUAUCAAUUGACCAAUUCGGCACAUUCGGGCAGACUUGAUACAAAAUAGUCCAGUAUUGCAAUGCUGGAACUUUGCACACACACUGCUGCCAUCUAGUGGGCAAAAUCUAAAUUGCGCCUAAACAGCAAUAUUAUAUUGUGGCCUUUCUCUUAUAAUAUAAUAUAUAAUAUGCCAUUUAGCAGACGCUUUUAUCCAAAGUAACUUAGAGUCAUGCGUGCAUAAAUGUUUACGUAUGGGUGGUCCCGGGGAUUGAACCCACUACCCUGGCAUUACAAGAGCCAUGCUCUACCAAUUGAGCUACAGAGGACCACCUCUUGCAUUUCAAAGAUGACGGAACAAAAAAAUUAAUAGAAAACGCAUGUUUUUUUGUUGUAUUAUCUUUUACCAGAUCUAAUGUGUUCUAUUCUCCUACUUAAUUUCAAAUUUCCACAAACUUCAAAGUGUUUCCUUUGAAAUGGUAUCAAGAAUAUGCAUAUCCUUGCUUCAGGUCCUGAGCUACAGGCAGUUAAAUUUGGGUAUGUCAUUUCAGGUGAAAAAUGAAAAAAAGGGUCCAAUCCUUAAGAGGUUAACAGAAUUCUACACUAUUUCAUUUAAAUGUUUCAAAGACAAGCCCCAUCUUGUAGUGGGGACAGUAACAUUAGUACUUUCAAGAUGGAGGCGCAAAUGUUUCAUAACAGCGCCACCUUUCAGUCAUCUAGUGUAUAUAUAAAUCAUUGUUUAGAAUGGCCAAGUCCCAUGUAACUUCACUGGCUCCACCCACUAUUAGACAUUUUAGAAAUAGCCUACUUUGAGUCAAUUGGCACCUCCUUAUCAAAAUUGCAAGACAUUCUCUUAAUGUAAAAGGAUGAGGAUUAAGAGAAGAAAGAAAGAAAGAAAGAAAGAUAGAAAGACAGACAGACAGACAUUUUCUCCUAAAUACUUCAACAUUGCCUCCAGAUGUACUAAUCAAGGUCUGGAUAUGUCCAUCUAUGUCCAGAAAAGGACACAUUAGUUGAUUAUAAAACGUGACAGGACACACCAUUUAUCCAACCCAACCCAAUAUUUAUUUGAAGCAUGAAUAUAGUGAUAUGUGUGUAAAUGCAACAACAUUUGGCCAAUAGAAGACAAAAAUCCUGGAAACUGGAGCAGGCUUCCAUGACUAUGUCGGGAAAAGGACACAUUAGUAAAUUAUGAAAUGUGGCAAGAAACAUUUCACCAAGCCAAUAUUCAUUACAUGUGCAUCAAACAUGCUGGGUAAAAAUGCAAAGUGGCAUUGACUGUAUGUGCUUGAAAAGUAAAAUGCACAUGCAUUGGUGAAAUUCAGUAACCUCUUUGUGCUUAUUGUCAUCGAAAGGUUAGCUCUAACAAAUCCAGUGCUUGGCUUGGACUGCAAUAGGUGCCGGUACUCAUUUUGGGUGCCGGUACUUUUUAUAUUUAGGUGCAGGAGCUCCACAACACUUUUCAGUUAAUAGAACAGGAGCUCAAGCAGUAGAACAUUUUAGGUGGCGUUACUCGGCUCCGAUGAGCUCCUGCCCAAGUCAAGCACUGGACAAAUCGGUGUGUGAAACUAACUAGCAAGUAUAGCUAUUGUUGUCGUACAGUAUGGCCGCCCCUGCUACUCAACCUCCCACCUCCCCCUUCCUCCCCACAAAGGACCAAACCUAAACCCAGUCAAUUUAAAUGGUAAUACCUUUGGGGCUUUCAAAAAGCUCCUCUCUCUUCACUCUUUUUAGCAUAUCUUUGAGAGGCUUUGCAGUUCAAGUUCCCACCAUGCUAAUAGCUUUUGGUACAUGAACAUAAUGCCACUCUGGUGAGUCAUCACUCCAGCCAUCCAUUCUCUUCAAUACCCCUUCUCUCUGUCUCAUCUCUCUCGCUCUCGCUCCUCAUAAACGGCAGCCCGGCUCUCUCUCCUCUCUCUCUCCUUCCCUCUUCUCUCUCGGUCCUCUUUGAUUAGCUCUACGUCUCUGAAUUCUGUUCUUUUAUCGCUCUGUUUCUCUCGCUCAUUCUUUCUAUUCACAAGGUCCCAGUUAUUAUCCUUGGGUUGGGGGGUAGAACAGUAUGGGGUAUGUUGCCUUUCCUCGAGCAUUGCAGCUCCUAUUGAUUACAUUUGAUGUAGCCUCUGGAUUUUGGCUUCCAAGGCCCAUUCUCACUGCAAACACAUACAACUUGAUGGCAGAAAAAUGUUGCAUUAGUUCUCUAUACUUUGUGAAUGGAGGGGAUUGAGACCGAGGUCACAGGCCAGAGCUUUCUCUGGGACGCCCUAAAAACACGCCACUUCGAUACAAGUGAUUUCAUAACAGUUAAGAGCGCAUUUUCCUAACCCUUUUCCUAACCUUAACCUAAUUCUCCUAACCUGCUACGUCAAUUAUCCUAACCUGCUGCAUAAGUUCUCCUAACCUGCUAUGAAAAGUUGUAGCUGUAUCAAAGUGGCGUUUUUAGGAAGUCCUGCUUUCUCUCUCUAGCACCACCAGCUGUCUUCCAUGGUACUAAAGCAUGGGCCAAAUGAUAACUGGGGGGUCAUUGCUAACUGAUCAGGAAGCUGCAUUCCUGUGUAGGGAGCUUCACGCUGACAAAUCAAAUCAAAUCAAAUUGUAUUGGCCACAUGCGCCGAAUACAACAGGUGCAGACAUUACAGUGAAAUGCUUACUUACAGCCCUUAACCAACAGUACAUUUAUUUUUAAUAAAAAAUUAGAAUAAAACAAAAAAGUGUUGAGAAAAAAAGAGCAGAAGUAAAAUAAAAUAACAGUAGGGAGGCUAUAUAUACAUACCGGUGCAGAGUCAAUGUGCGGGGGCACCGGCUAGUUGAGGUAGUUGAAGUAAUAUGUACAUGUGGGUAGAGUUAAAGUGACUAUGCAUAAAUAAUUAACAGAGUAGCAGCAGCGUAAAAAGAUGGGGUGGGGGGGGGGAAGUGCAAAUAGUCUGGGUAGCCAUGAUUAGCUGUUUAGGAGUCUUAUGGCUUGGGGGUAGAAGCUGUUGAGAAGUCUUUUGGACCUAGACUUGGCACUCCGGUACCGCUUGCCGUGCAGUAGCAGAGAGAACAGUCUAUGACUAGGGUGGCUGGAGUCUUUGACAAUUUUGAGGGCCUUCCUCUGACACUGCCUGGUAUAGAGGUCCUGGAUGGCAGGAAGCUUGGCCCCAGUGAUGUACUGGGCCGUACGCACUACCCUCUGUAGUGCCUUACGGUCGGAGGCCAAGCAGUUGCCAUACCAGGCGGUGAUGCAACCGGUCAGGAUGCUCUCGAUGGUGCAGCUGUAGAAUUUUUUUAGGAUCUGAGGACCCAUGCCAAAUCUUUUCAGUCUCCUGAGGGGGAAUAGGCUUUGUCGUGCCCUCUUCACGACUGUCUUGGUGUGUUUGGACCAUGAUAGUUCGUUGGUGAUGUGGACACCAAGGAACUUGAAGCUCUCAACCUGUUCCACUACAGCCCCGUCGAUGAGAAUGGGGGCGUGCUCAGUCCUCUUUUUUUUCCCUGUAGUCCACAAUCAUCUCCUUUGUCUUGGUCACGUUGAGGGAGAGGUUGUUAUCCUGGCACCACAUGGCCAGGUCUCUGACCUCCUCCCUAUAGGCUGUCUCAUCGUUGUCGGUGAUCAGGCCUACCACUGUUGUGUCGUCGGCAAACUUAAUGAUGGUGUUGGAGUCAUGCCUGGCCAUGCAGUCAUGGGUGAACAGGGAGUACAGGAUGGGGACUGAGCACGCACCCCUGAGGGGCCCCCAUGUUGAGGAUCAGUGUGGCAGAUGUGUUGUUACCUACCCUUACCACCUGGGGGCGGCCCGUCAGGAAGUCCAGGAUCCAGUUGCAGAGGGAGGUGUUUAGUCCCAGGAUCCUGAACACAAGAGAGAUUACCAGAAUGUUAUAACACUUUAUAAUAUCAUUAAUUUGUCAAUUAAUUUAUAAAAUGUCUCGAAAGUGCUACAGUACGUGCAUUAAAAUAAAUAAAAACAAGAGAGGUAGACAGAGGACACAACUAGACCGGGCUACUGACACAAAGAACACAUCUGACGCUACAAGGGACAGGGACAACAAGGAACGCAGGUAAAUGAACUGUAGGCCUUCCUAAAGAGAAGGGUAUUUAGGCCAGUUUUUAAAGGACCCCAGAGUCUGUGGUGCUGCUUUGGACAUUAGCUAAACAAGCCCAGACUGACAGGGCAACUAGGAAGAGCUAAAUAAAAGAAACAACCAUGAUGUCAAAGAUGGCUUCCAACUUCAGCAUUCACAAAACACACUCUUCAGCAAAUUGUGUAUGUGUGUUUUUGUGUUUGCAUGUGUGGAUGUGCAUGCACUGUUGUGUGUGUGUGUGUGUGUGUGUGUGUGUGUGUGUGUGUGUGUGUGUGUGUGUGUGUGUGUGUGUGUAUAAAGCGGUCAUGCCUCUCCAUUACUGUGUUUUUAUAAGGCCAUGCCAUAGGACAGAGUCCCAGGUGUUUGGGCCCUUAGCGUUGCAGCUGAGGCUGUGCCCAUGUGUGUCUCCCCCCUCCACACACACACACUAGGCCCCUGUAACCCCCUCCUGCCCCCGUGAACCUCCAGGGGGCUAGACUGAACCGCUGUCCUAUUUAGCAGCUCACUGACCCUAACCCUAACCCUAUUUAGCAAUUCACUAAACCUAAAGACGUCAGCAUACUUCAGUUCGGCUGGCGCCUAGUCUGAACGAGUGUGCUCACAUAUACUCCUUUAAAAAGACCUUUGCUUGAAAAACAAGAAAAAAGUGGCAAUAAUACUGUUUGUCCAUUUUGAGACGCCGUAGCCAGUAUACACUUCCUCAAAAUAGUCUAAAUGAAUCUAAGAUAACUCAAGAAAUCUGUCAUUAAUUUUGACGUUUUUGCAGAGGAGAACUUUGUCGCGCAAUUUUACAUCUAACUAAGAUGUUUGGUGCAGUAUUUCUCAAUGAAAGAAUGUGCAUAAAAAUGAGCCGUCUCUCGCUGAAUGACAACAUUGACUUUAUUGAAGAAUCCCUACUGUUGACCAAUCACCGACGAAGGGUUGUUGUUGUGCCCGAACAGCCGAAAUAACCCUUACCGAAGUCCAAAACGAACAAAAACUUCACAAAAUGCCAUCAUGAUAUAUGCAUAAACUGUUUCGGCUGGGAAGCAUACGGAUGCCUUGACCCUAACCCUAUUUAGCAGUUCACUGACCCUAACCCAAACCCUAACCCUAUUUAGCAGUUCACUGACCCUAACAAGAGGAUUGAAAGCCAUGUAAAUCUGAUAUCAUAAUCCUCUCUCUCUCUGACACACACACACAAACACAAAUGCAUGCACACACACACUCACAUUCACUUACUUUCAUACACUCUUUCACACAAUCCACUCUUUUUCUCACUCUCUCUCUUUCACCAUUUCUGUCUAUCGCUACCUCUUUCACCAUCUCUAUUGCUACCUCUUUCACCAUCUCUGUCUAUCACUACCUCUUUCACAAUCUCUGUCUAUCGCUACCUCUUUCACCAUCUCUAUCGCUACCUCUUUCACCAUCUCUGUCUAUCACUACCUCUUUCACAAUCUCUGUCUAUCGCUACCUCUUUCACCAUCUCUAUCGCUACCUCUUUCACCAUCUCUGUCUAUCACUACCUCUUUCACAAUCUCUGUCUAUCGCUACCUCUUUCACCAUCUCUAUCGCUACCUCUUUCACCAUCUCUGUCUAUCACUACCUCUUUCACCAUCUCUGUCUAUCGCUACCUCUUUCACCAUCUGUCUAUCGCUACCUCUUUCACCAUCUCUGUCUAUCGCUAUCUCCUUCCUCUCUCCCAUGUGAUCGGCCUGUGUCUCUCUCUCUCUCUCUCUCUCUCUCUCUCUCUCUCCCCUCUCUCCUCUCCUUUCUUCUUCUCUAUCUCUCUUCUCUCUCUCUCUCUCCCUUUCUCUCUCUCCUUUUCUCUCUCUCUCUCUCUCUCCUUUCUCUCUCUCUCUCUCUCUCUCUCUCUCUCUCUCUUGCUCUCUCUAUCUUGAUCUCUUCUUAGCUGUCUUUUUUAACCCUUUGUUGCAGUUAACUGAGAUUUUGUUCCCAGCCUUCAUGACAGACACAUACAUUAUUUAGUCUGUAGCAACCAUAGUGUUCGCUAGUCUACCUCCGCCCAAGCUUCUAUAGGGUGAGGGGGGUUGUAGUUGUAAGAUGGUAGGAUGGGGGAGAGACCGAGAAAGUGAGUGUGUGUGUGUGUGUGUUUGUGUGUGUGUGUGUGUGUGUGUGUGUGUGUGUGUGUGUUUGGGGCGGUUGGUACUGUGGUGGAUUUUUGACAGAGCUAAUUCCCCUGCCAGCUUGAUGUGCCGGUAGAGAAGAAAGGGGCAAAAGGCCUGUGCUUAAUUCCCCAGCCGUGCUCGGAGGAUUUAGACGGUGAAGGAAGGUUGGGGGAUUAUGCAAUUUAAGAUUUUACAAGCGCUUCUAUUUCCUCCACUAUGGGCUUCCCCUCUCAUCCCGAAGAGUGUGAACCGCUCCUCUCAGUUAAUAUGAUGUGUGUGACACAAACACAAACUUUCGGCCUUUCUAUGGAUCUCGCAUGUGCGCGCAUCACACACACACACACACACACUUCACACAUACUGUAGUUCACAUAGCUCAGAGUAGACUGACGCUUGAAGCCAACUAACACACUUUAUCUUUCCUGUCUAUUUCAUAUUCCCUCAACCCGUCUCUCCUGCGCUUGUACAUACAGCACUGUAAAAUGGAAAUCCACAGCUGGGUAUUAGCUACAGAUAGCAAAGGAAAGGGUUAAGUGUUGAAAAUGAUUGCGAAUGGAGAGCAGUAUAUGCACACACACAAUCUCUUUGGUGAGUGGAGAUUGCCAAUGAUGAUGCGCACUGCAGCUAAAUCAUCCCUUAUUUAGAAUAAUAGAGGAGAUUAUCACAAACAGGCACUGAAUAGGAAAAUAGCCCAUUUUCAGACUUACAAUGGAGCUUGUUUACUGGCGAAUAAAUAUCAAUACUUUGUUGUCGGUGUCGAAAAAUAGACCCGGAAUCAAAGUAAUGUUGCUAUUCAGUACGUUGGUUUGUCAUGUCCGUUGCUGGAUGUAGCUAGUAAAUCUAGGCCAAUGUGUUUACUUGUCCCUAGCAUCUUGUAAAUGCUUGUCAAUUUACCUCAUCCCAUUACUGAAGCAGUGGGAACUAUAAUUGAGAAAUGACUCCGAUAUGAAAUCCUUCACAGCUGAUUUUCAGGAACUAUUAAGUGUCAUAUUAUGGUUUUUCCCUCAGAUUUCCUGAUUGGGGAAAAUGUCAAGCGAUUUCAGGCUCAAACCGUUCUAUCUGGGUGGAUGAUGUUACUGAAGUGGUUUUGACCUGGUUGGAGGGACUCAUGCUAUCUCUGAUAGACUCCAACAGAGGUUGGCACUGCCAGUGCCCCGUAGGAUGCCAGUACAGACAGAGGAUAGGGGUUCAGGAUAGAGCUUGACUCACUCGGUGGUCCCAGAAAGAUAGCAAAGACUUACUAUCAACAGGAUACCAGUUGCAAACAACUUACCCCUAGGCCAUUUAUCCAAGGUGUCGGAUUUAAAUCUUUUUUUGGGGGGGUCUGUGACAGAUGCAAAUACAGAAUGAUACACACUGAGUUUGAGACCCCUUCUGUGAGGACCCUGCUUGGAGGUCUUUGCGAGGUAGCUUAAGUUCGUUAACAGUUGGGACAAAAUAAAAAAAAAAAAGCUAUUAUAAAUUAUAAACUGGGUGGUUCGAGUCCUGAAUGCUGAUCAGACCAUAUACCACGGGUAUGACAAAACAUUUAUUUUUACUGCUCUAAUUACAUUGGUAACCAGUUUAUAAUAGCAAUAAGGCACCUUGGUAGUUUGUGGUACAGUGCAUUUGGAAAGUAUUCAGACCCCUUGAUUUGUUGAAUUUCUUUCCUUCUUAAUGCGUUUGAGCCAAUCAGUUGUGUUGUGACAAGGUAGGUAUACAGAAGAUAGCCCUAUUUGGUAAAAGACCAAGUCCAUAUUAUGGCAAGAACAGCUCAAAUAAGCAAAGAGAAACAACAGUCCAUCAUUACUUUAAGACAUGAAAGUCAGUCAAUACGGAAAUGUCAAGAUCUUUGAAAGUUUCUUCAAGUGCAGUCGCAAAAACCAUCAAGCGCUAUGAUGAAACUGGCUCUCAUGAGGACCGCCAAAGGAAAGGAAGACCCAGAGUUACCUCUGCUGCAGAGGAAAAGUUCAGAAAUUGCAGCCCAAUUGCAGCCCAAAUAAAUGCUUCACAGAGUUGAAGUAACAGACACAUCUCAACAUCAACUAUGUGAAUCAGGCCUCCAUGGUCGAAUUGCUGCAAAGAAACCACUACUAAAGGACACCAACAAGAAGAAGAGACUUGCUUGGGCCAAGAAACACGAGCAAUGGACAUUAGACCGGUGGAAAUGAGUCCAAAUUGGAGAUUUUUGGUUCCAACCGCCGUGUCUUUGUGAGACGUGGUGUGGGUGAAUGGAUGAUCUCCGCAUGUGUAUUUCUCACCGUAAAGCAUGGAGGAGGAGGUGUUAUGGUGUGGGGGUGCUUUGCUGGUGACACUGUCUGUGAUUUAUUUAGAGUUCAAGGCAUACUUAACCAGCAUGGGUACCACAGCAUUCUGCAGCGAUACACCAUCCCAUCUAGUUUGGCCUUAGUGGGACUAUCAUUUGUUUUUCAACAGGACAAUGACCCAACACACCUCCAGGCUGUGUAAGGGCUAUUUGACCAAGACGGAUAGUGAUGGAGUGCUGCAUCAGAUGACCUGGCCUCCACAAUCACCCGACUAUAACCCAAUUGAGAUGGUUUGGGAUGAGUCGGACCGCAGAGUGAAGGAAAAGCAGCCAACAAGUGCACAGCAUAUGUGGGAACUCCUUCAAGACUGUUGGAAAAGCAUUCCAGGUGAAGCUGGUUGAGAGAAUGCCAAGAGUGUGCAAAGCUGUCAUAAAGGCAAAGGGUGGCUACUUUGAAGAAUCUCAAAUAUAAAAUAUAUUUUGAUUUGUUUAACACUUUUUUGGUUACUACAUGAUUCCAUAUGGGUUAUUUCAUAGUUUUGAUGUCUUCACUAUUAAAUAAAGAAAAACCCUAGAAUGACAAGUACUGUAUAUAUAUAUAUAUGGGGGAUUGGAAAUGAUGCAGACAAUUACAUAGAUGGAAGCAACAAUCUAUCUGCAAUAUUCAAGCUGAUCAGUUGGUCUCGACCAAACAUCUAUUUUAACAUGCGCCCUCAUCCGUACAAUUAAUCCUCUCUCCCACUUCCUCUCCCCAUCCUCCUUAACAAAUUUCUAGACACGGGGGACCUGUAUGAAAAAUGUGUCACUCACUACUGUAAUUCGCUCUGGAUAAGAGCAUCUGCUAAAUGACUAAAAUGUAAAUAUACACACAGAAACCACACCUCGCAUGUGUUCCCCAUUUACUCUCCUCACGCCCUCCACCAAACCCACUCCGCUCCUCGUCCUCCACCAAACUCCCUCCGCCCCUCGCAUUCCAUCAAACCCCUUUCACCCCUCACCCUCCACCAAACCCCCUCCGCCCCUAGCCUAACAUGCUAACCGGCUCCUAUUUGCUUAAUGAGUGUGGUCGCAUGCUAUGGUGGAAAUCACAGGCCCUCAUCAUACGUGUGUGUGCAUGAAUAAAGCCUUCAGUGGGUGGUCCUGGGCUGGGGAAACUCAAAAUGGUUUCCCUAACCUCAAACAGACAUCUUGUAUUGUGUGAUAGGGAUAAGAAGGGGGAACUGAGAAAAAUUAUAGAAGAGAUCUUAAAUAUUUUUUUUAGGUCAGCAGUAACUUGUACCUGUAUGAAACGACUGGUCCGGUUUUGUCUGGUCCGAACUGGUUUGGUCCGGUCGGAUCAUACCCAUCCUCCUCACUCAUGCCUCAUGUUCCCUGGCAUAACAACCGAAGUCCGUGGGUAUGGUGAGAUCAGAUGCCAGGCAGCAUGGCGCUCAAGCGGCCUCUCAGCCUGAUUCUGUCGGUACGCAGGAAGCUCCGGUCGGCCGCGGUUGCCCUAACUGACAUGACAGAUCCCAGCGCUCGCAGCCAUGCUGCUACAUACGGCUGACACAAAAUGGCGGAUGUGCGAGGGGCAUGUGCAGAGAGGGGAGAUGUCGUGCUGGUGUGGCAGGGACAGAAAUAGGAAUGUCCUACUCACUGUAUUGAGAGAAUUAAAAGGUAGAUUUUUUUUUUACUGCAGUAAGGGAUGAAAAUACUCAGACAAUUUCUUUAAACUGUAUGUUUUUUACAAUAUGGUUUUAUGUUCAAACAAAAGUCUUGCAAGUACAAUGGUAGUCACCAAGAGGGCUUUGGACUGUAAUGACUUAAUGUACAUUAAUGUCUCUUAGAUAUGUUACUUUAUUUGCUCAGUACAAGAUGGUGGAAGUGGCAGUGAUCCAAGUGAACCCAUGGAGCAAAUGAUUGACCUACCUGCAUUUACAUAAUUUACAUCAUGCAUGUCCCUUUGGUGACUGACAAAGGAACUGUGAAUAACUCCUCCCCCUUUUCUUAUGUUCUAUAUCUCUCCUUUUUUCUUUAUUUCAUCCUUUUUAAUUUUUUUACUUUUCUUUAUUUCUCUUCUUUUGCUCUCUUCCUUUCUUUAUUUUUCUUUGCUCUCUUUCGGUCUUUUCUGUCUCUCAGAUGAUCAGGCUGAUCCGCGCCUGUGCCUCAUCUGUGGCGACCGUGCGACGGGCCUGCACUAUGGCAUCAUCUCCUGCGAAGGCUGCAAGGGCUUCUUCAAGCGCAGCAUCUGCAACAAGCGCGUCUACCGCUGCAGCCGUGACAAGAACUGCGAGAUGUCACGCAAGCAGCGCAACCGCUGCCAGUACUGCCGCCUGCUCAAGUGCCUACAGAUGGGCAUGAACCGCAAAGGUACGUGUGGAAGAGUAGGAAAAGGGCCGAAAGUUACUGAAGGUUUCAGGAAAGGUGAAAUCAGUAUACGGUGCUAAGCUAGUUUAAACUAGCUGACCUCUGUUAAGGUUAUACAGUAUUCAUACUUAUUAUCACUGUGACUGUCAUCGAAGUAUCGCUCAAAACUACUGAGUUAUUAUGACUCAAAUUCCAACUACUUCCAGAACCAGUCUGCUUAUGCAUUGAAUAUACCGCAUUGAACAUCUUCCAGCACAAAUCCCUCUCAACUGAGUGUUUAGCCCCACAUUCUGAUGGCUUUAUCCUUAUCUCACGUGGCGCUCUGUCAGCUGUAGUUCAAACGGCCGAGUGCACAGCUGCGGUGCAGGGAGCAGCUGUAGCCCUCGCGGAACAUUCUCAUCAUCAAACGCCAGAGAGAUAGACAGCGUGCCAGUAUCGAUGAGUGACAGAGAGAUUAAGAUAAAGAGAUCGACGGAGAGGUAUAGAGGUAAAUAGAGACAGAUAAAGAGAGAUUACACCUGGGUCCUGUUCAUUAGGCACCAAACUAUAGAAAACAGACUGAAACACAGAGGGACUACCUGACUUUCUCCAAUAAGAAUCACUAUUUUCGUGUUCCCUUCCGUGUACACUAAUGAAUACGACACUGGAUACCUUCUCAAAGAGGGAAGAUUGGAGUGUUGGAGAUGAUGAUGAUGACGAUGAUUAAGGUUGGCAGUUACCUCUGAUAGAUCUAGCCCCAAUGCAUUCUGGUAGAGCCGUUGUUGUCAGUUCUGGUCAGAUUCUAUUUGGGUGAUUGGAUGGAUCUGGACCCCUGUGACCACAUCUUGCCUCAGCCUACUGUCUUAUCUCCUCUGUAACUUAAGAUGACAUCACGUUCAUGGUUACUCUGUGAAAGAGACACUGCUUGUCAUAAACCGUCCUCUUUAUUCUGAAACGAGAAACUAGGAUAGAUAUAUACUAUAGAGAAGUAUAUUAUCUAUUCUGCUAUAGUUAGGAGAUAUCUAUUAGAGUGGAGAGAGAGAGAUGGAGAUGUAGAGAGUAGCAAGAGCGAUGAGAAGAGCGAGAGAUCGUAGAGCAGAGAGAGAGAGAAUCGAUAGAUAGGAUUGUAGAUUAUGUAAUUAUAUAUUAUUGAGUGGUCUAGUUAUAUUAGAGUUAUGUUUUAGUAAGAGAUGUAUCUCUAUAUCUCUCUCUCUUCUUUUCUCUAGUCAUUUAUCUAUUUCUUCUGUGUAUCAUUUCUAGCUCUAAUCUCUUGUAUCUCGAUUCUGUACUUUCUUCUUUACUAUAACUCUCGUUCAGAUGAUAGGCGAUAGGAUGGAAGUGAAUAUCUAGGCUUCAGUAUCUCUCUGUUGUAUAUUUUAUAUGUCGUAUAUCUGUAUCUUUCUCAUUUCUGCUAUGCGUCUCUAUUCUCUCUAUUCUGUCUCUAUUUCUUUCUUAGCUUUCAUCUCUUUCUGUCUCUCUUCGUUUCUCUUUCUCUCUAGUGGCGAUAUAUUUAUGUCCUAAGUCUAUUUUCUCUCUCUCUCUCUUCUCUAUCUGCUCUCUCUCUCUCUCUCUCUGUUCUCUCUCUCUCUCUCUCUCUCUCGCUCUCUCUCUCUUCUCUCUCUCUUCUCUCUCUCUCUCUCUCUCCAUAUCUCUCCAUUUUCAUUGUUACGGCGCUCUUCAUUUUUAUGAUUCACUUACUGUUCAGAUAAUGUCAACGCUCCCUAAAAGAUUACGUACAGUAAGGCAGAUUCAGAUUCAGAUUCAGAUUUUCAAGCGGUUGUGACGGUUCAGUUAGUUGGAGCAUGGUGCUUAAAACACCAGGCUUGUGGGUUUGAUUUCCAUGUACUGAAUAUGUGAUUUAACCGUAAGUCGCUUUGGAUAAAUGUGUCUGCUAAAAGACCAUAUUAUUAAAGAGAAUUAACCAUACACAUGCAUUCCAUUCUUCAUCCGGAGGACACUGAAGAAUGUCACUGGUGUCAUUAGCCAUCAGUGUGAUUGCUGUGCUAAACUGCUUUUAGAUGACACCACCAUCAUAAUGGGAAGCAGAGAAGAUAUGACACACCGCUUUCCGGAAUCACAAUUUCAACCUCGCCGCGCCAUGAAACAACUUACCUCCCCAUUCCGAUAAGCCCCCUGGGGAAACACGAGUACUCUCUCCCGUUCCAUGUUCUACCUCUACUUACCGACACUCACUGAUCCUCGAUAUUCCAAAAGAUAAGGACGUGCUGUGCCGAAACCCGAGAAGAGGAGGAGAAAUCCAUUGCUUUGAUGUCUCGAUAUGCAAAGUUAUUGGUAAAUAUCGCCUUUGGAUUUGCCACGCCUAAGGGGAGAAGGAACGGAAGAAGAAUGAGGGAGGCCUCAACCAGCUGGUUAAUCAAUGGCCCCGAGGCAGAGGCUGGAAUUGGACGACGAGAAACGACAAGCGUUAUCUGAUUUGUGAGACCAGUUGGUGCUCACUUACAAGCACGGUGAAGCACCUUCAGCGAUAUACAGAUAAUCCAAUUAGAGUGUGUAGUCACUGCCGAAUAUGUGUCUAUGACCUUGAAGUACACAGACAUGUAAUUUUUUGUUGGUCUAACCGUAAACUAAUGGCUUUAUUUGAUGAGGGGUGACGGGUAGCAAGUGCACCUCCUCAUGGUACAUCAUCUUUGUAAUGCACCCCCCUCGUAGCUAUUCUCUUUAGAGUGUGCACUUGUGCAAAGGAAUGGUCCCCCAUUAAUUCCCCAAAGAAUGCAUUUGAACCAAUGGCAUGGUUGGUCUGCAAACAAUUGCAGCAUUCGAUGUGCGAAAUGCUUAGUGGCCUGAGCUGAGCAUGAGAGAGUGCCUCCACUGCCCCCCUGUGGCAGCCGCUGAGAACACACCCACCUAAGCUCAAUUUCACACAAUAGGAAUAGUGGUAAGGACCUUAGUCAAAUCCACAAAGCCUGACCAGUGGCUACUACAUCUACUGCACCAAGCGUUUGCAGCCUUAUGUAUGUGAGUGACUGUAAGAACAGGUUGAAACCUGCUCCUUUACCUUGUCUGUCAGCUGAGAUGGACCUUGUCUCUCAGCUGGGAGUAGUCAGUUAGACAUGCGUUCGAUGUGUAUGUGUGACGGUAAUAAACAAUGUAGGGAGGAGGGCAACAGAAAGACAGAACAGAGGAGAAGAGAGGGCUUCUGUGUUCUGUGUUUUUCUAAUUCAAAUGUUCAGACACACGUCCACGCACACCUGAACACAAGUGGAGGCUGCUGAGGGGAGAACGGCUCAUAAUAAUGGCUGGAAUGGAAUUUAAUGAAUGGAAUGGUAUCAAACCCAUGAAAACCAUGUUUUUGAUACCAUUCCAUUUACUCCAUUCCAGCCAUUAUUAUGAGCCGUUCUCCCCUCAGCAGCCUCCUACACACACACACCAUUCAACUGUUAAUUCAGCACGCAACUCAAUUUCUCUACUAUCCAUUCAGUUCUUUCACAUUCUAGAGAUGUUAUUUUUAAGUAUUGAUGUCAAUCAUAUUCUCUUUAGAAUAGUCUUCUAUUUCUGUUUAUUCCAGUUCAGACCAGUUAAAACCCUGAUGCCUUUUCUCACCAUUAGAGGGUGCCAGGUCCCUUCCACAAACUUCACAGCUCAGAUUCUACAGCCUUCCACAUAGAUCUCCCUCAACAGUAAAAACUGCCAGUCAUCCUAUGUUGAGUUGCUGAACCUACUCCAACCCUUCUGUCACCAUCUCUUUUCUUUCAACUAGUCUAUUUUAGAAUGGUUAUGGAAGAUGUGAAAUGCAUUUACAGUUUGUCAGAAAUGUAUGUCAGAAUGGGCUUUCUAAGUUCUGUCUGUCUGUGUGUCUUUCCACAGCAAUCAGAGAGGAUGGAAUGCCGGGGGGAAGGAAUAAGAGCAUUGGACCUGUCGAGGUAUGCCACAAUUUAUCACUGUUUCUGUUCUGGUCCAGUCUUAGGUAUUUUACCUGUGUCCUACCCAUACAGUGCCUUGCAAAAAUAUUAAUCCCCCUUGGCGUUUUUCCUAUUUUGUUGCAUUACAACCUGUAAUUUAAAUGGAUUUUUAUUUGGAUUUCAUGCAAUGGACAUACACAAAAUAGUCCAAAUUGGUGAAGUGAAAUGAAAAAAAAUGACUUGUUAAAAAAAAUUCUAAAAAAUAAAUGGUGUGUGCAUGUGUAUUCACCCCCUUUGCUAUGAAGCCCCUAAAUAAGAUCUGGUGCAACCAAUUACCUUCAGAAGUCACAUAAUUAAUUAAAUAAAGUCCACCUGUGUGCAAUCUAACUGUCACAUGGUCUGUCACAUGAUCUCAGUAUAUAUACACCUGUUCUGAAAGGCCCCAGAGUCUGCAACACCACAAAGCAAGGGGCACCACCAAGCAAGCGGCACCAUGAAGACCAAGGAGCUCUCCAAACAGGUCAGGGACAAAGUUGUGGAGAAGUACAGAUCAGGGUUGGGUUAUAAAAAAAUAUCUGAAACUUUGAACAUCCCACGGAGCACCAUGAAAUCCAUUAUUAAAAAAUGGAAAGAAUAUGGCACCACAGCAAACCUGCCAAGAGAGGGCCGCCCACCAAAACUCACGGACCAGGCAAGGAGGGCAUUAAUCAGAGAGGCAACAAAGACACCAAAGAUAACCCUGAAGGAGCUGACAAAGCUCCACAGCGGAGAUUGGAGUAUCUGUCCAUAGGACCACUUUAAGCCGUACACUCCACAGAGCUGGGCUUUACGGAAGAGUGGCCAGAACAAAGCCAUUGCUUAAAGAAAAGAAUAAGCAAACACAUUUGGUGUUCACCAAAAGGCAUGUGGGAGACUCCCCAAACAUAUGGAAGAAGGUACUCUGGUCAGAUGAGAUUACAUUUGAGCUUUUUGGCCAUCAAGAUUAAAAUUGAGCUUUUUGCCCAUCAAGGAAAACGCUAUGUCUGGCGCAAACCCAACACCUCUCAUCACCCCGAGAACACCAUUCCCACAGUGAAGCAUGGUGGUGGCAGCAUCGUGCUGUGGGGAUGUUUUUCAUCGGCAAGGACUGGGAAACUGGUCAGAAUUGAAGGAAUUAUGGAUGGCGCUAAAUACAGGGAAAUUAUUGAGCGAAAUCUGUUUGUCUUCCAGAGAUUUGAGACUGGGACGGAGGUUCACCUUCCAGCAGGACAAUGACCCUAAGCAUACUGCUAAAGCAACACUUGAGUGGUUUAAGGGGAAACAUUUAAAUGUAUUGGAAUGGCCUAGUCAAAGCCCAGACCUCAAUCCAAUUGAGAAUAAGUGGUAUGACUUAAAGAUUGCUGUACACAAGCAGAACCCAUCCAACAUGAAGGAGCUGGAGCAGUUUUGCCUUGAAGAAUGGGCAAAAAUCCCAGUGGCUAGAUGUGCCAAGCUUAUAGAGACAUACCCCAAGAGACCUACAGCUGUAAUUGCUGCAAAAGGUGGCUCUACAAAGUAUUGACUUUGGGGGGGACUGAAUAGUUAUACACGCUCAAGUUUUCUGUUUUUUUGUCUUAUUUCUUGUUUGUUUCACAAUAAAACAUAUUUUGCAUCUUCAAAGUGGUAGGCAUGUUGUGUAAAUCAAAUGAUACAAACCCCCCCAAAAUCCAUUUUAAUUCCAGGAUGUAAGGCAACAAAAUAGGAAAAAUGCCAUGGGGGGUGAAUACUUUGACAAGCCACUGUAAACCUUUUGACUCAAGGGCAGGCACAGUGCCUGCUGGAUUACAUUUUUCCGGUUUAAUACAGUUUCUCUCUGUCCAAUUAAUGGCAUAAUAAACUGAUCAAGUAAGUGUCUAGGGCAUGAAUGAAACCAGGGUCGUGUUUAGUACUUCACACAUCACUCCGUAGCAAAAUAAAUCAAUAAAUCUGUGUUCUUAUUGGACAAGUUCAAGUAGUCCCUCCCUUUUUCUCUCUGUUUCAAAAAGUUUUCUCCGUACUGAACACAACACCGCAGACACUGUUGCCGUCAGUGACUUCAGUUGUGCACUGUGGCGAUACAGUGUCUUCUAUGUUCUUCUCAGUGGAAACCAUGUGUUUGAUGUAUUUGAUACCGUUCCACUGAUUCCACUCCAGUCAUUACCACAAACCCGUCCUCCCCAAUUAAGGUGCCACCAACCUCCUGUGGUUCCUCCCAAUGUGAAACUGUUUUUUACAAAGCAACCAACCUCAAUAGAAGAAACAACUUUCAGUUCCAUCAUUCAGUUUGUAAAGCGUAUACAUAGAAUAUGUUUCUCACAAUACAGGGAAUGCAGCUCGAAAAGGGACAUGAUUCUCUCUUCAAUUGAUUCAGAGCCCACGUUCGUGUACAACAUGGACCUGAAGUGCUUUUUCAAAUCUAUUCUCUUCAGAUUAUUAUUAUCUGCUUCUUUUAUGUUCCAUCCAUUUCAGCCUUUAAAUGUUCAGCUACAAAACACUACAAAAACUUGAAACUGCUAAAACGUUUUGAGACUUUAAACUAAAAAAAUAGGUUAUUUUCCAGGUGUACUUUUAAAGAGAGGCCCCUGAAAGCAGCUGAGUAGCUGAACACAAAGAUUGAUUGAUGAGUUCGAAUAAUGUUCCAUUGGCGGUGAAAACCAGAACGUUUUAGCAGUAGAUUACAUUUCCAAAUGUUUUAACGGGUCAAAAAAUGUAGUUUAAUUGGUUUAAAUGAUUAAUUGUUGGCUUUUGUGGCUUGUUGUGACCCAAUUGUUGUAGGCUUUCAUUUUCACCAACUUUAUUCUUAUUGUCAUCCCAAAAUGUUCAAAACCACACAAAAAUGGCACCAACAGUCAGUCUUUACUAGACUACUGUACCUGCAUGAUAUUUUGCAAUACUUGAAAUGCCUUGCUUCUUUGCCUGGAAAGUAUCUGCAGAAUAGUUUUAGGUAACGUUCUCUGCCUAGCAUCUUUCAAGGAGCAAAAUCAUUCAGUUGAUUCCAGCACUUGCCUCAAUAUCGGUGUCCUUGCUCCAAAGCUGGAUUCAGGCCCUGCGAGACAGUCAAGUAUGUCCCUCAUUAUUGCAGAUAGGGUGAACUCAUUAGGCUUAAAUCACCCUUCUGCUCAGAUGGGAACUAUAGUGCCGCAACGGAGUAAUCAGACGCCUUUCAGACACAGAGAAUAGGAGGGCACAGCUUGUGUGGCAGAGAAAAAGUUACCUAUUUUCCAGAGGCAAAGCGUGCAAGAGCGUGUGCGAGAUAUGUCCGUGGGUGCUUGUUUUGUUCUCCAGUCUAAUAAGUAACUCCUGCCUUCUUAAAUCCUCUCAUCUCCACAUAUUGAUUCCACUGUUCCCGGGUAUACUGACAAUAUGUGAAAGAAAAGUUGCCCGCCACCGUCUCGGGAACAUUCUUUAAACAUUUAUAUAAAACCCACGUAAUUUCUCAUGAGCAUGGUUUAUAAUGCUACAUAGCUGAAUAACAAACUUGACAGUGACCUAUGUAUACCAUUUUCGAAUCGUCAGACAAACUGGCUUUUGUUUGUACAGGGACUAAUGCACCUGAAUCAAUAACCCUUUGCCAAUACUGAAUGACAAGAGAAAAUGAACAGAGGCUUUCUCUUCUCUUACCUCCUUCCUUGUUUCCCACCCUCCUUUUUUCCCUCGCUUCUCUGCUAUAGAUUUCGAAUGAAGAAAUGGAACGCAUUAUGACAGGCCAGGAGUUCAAGGAGGAUGCUGGUUUGCCAGAGCACACAUGGGGAAACAACGGCGACAGCGACCACAGUUCCCCCGACAACGGCGUCUCCGAGGGCAACCAACCCUCGCCGGUCUCCACCCUUUCGUCCAGGUGAGCUGUUGUUGUAGGGGUACAGACCAUCACCUCGAAGGUUAAAGGUCGGAGCACUGACCGAGAGACACCACUGGCUGAGUAACUAUGACUUCCCCCAGGAGCGAAAUGCAUUAACAAUUUGUGGCCAAAUUCAAUAUCUUUAAAUUCAUUUCUGAAUAAAAUGACCUAUAUCUGGCAGUUGUAUGUCCUAUAAACGGACACGGAUACAUUUUAUUUUGUCCCCUCAGCUUCAUGACGCCUCUGAAUUUUCCAUUGCAUGCCUACCAGUAAAGUUUUUUUCGAAUCAUGUUGUUAUGCGAUUGAGUGAAGGUUCCUCUCAUGUUCAUAUGUAAGGUCACUCACAUUUCACUCCUAAGCACAUUUAUGGGAGAAUUUGAAGCUCCUCGCUCCUGGAUUCUCCCGGGGUUUGUUGCCGCGGAAACAGCGGACACAGUUUUCAUUCCUCUGCUGUUGCUGAAGUCCUGCCAUUCCACAAUGAUAAAUGCUGUCCUUAACGUGGUUGUCUCAGGGUCGAUGCUCUCUGUCUGCAACCCAGUUCACUCUGGCGCUACCUGCAUGAUAAAGCGUAGAGUUCUGUCAUGUUUUUUUUCGUGCUUCCCUGUGCCCAGAAAAAAUACAUUUGUCUAGAAAACUCUGUCAUACUUUACAUUAUGGUGCCCUUAUUCCUGUGUAAUUAUUUCUGUAAGCACAGUGUAAUAAGUAUUUAUAGUAGAGUAGUACUUUACUACAUAAUGGUUUCCUGGUUUGUGUCUUUGCAGCAGAUCCCUGGAAAUGAAUGGCUACACUGCUACCUACCGGAACCAGUACGUGGGCAUGCCCGUGUCCUCACACUACCAGUUCCUGCCACACCUUUUUGGUUAUGCCCAGUCAGUCCUUAGGCCCACCCUGGCCCGCAGCCUGUACCCCCAAUCGCAGACCCUUGUCUCGCAACUGGUGGCAGCCGAGGACCUGGCCCCCCUGGGGACCCCCAUGCUCAUAGAAGAUGGGUGAGUUCCAACGGCGCACACACCUGCGUCGGACUGUGCUUUUGACGUGCUACGUUGUUUUCUUUUGAUAGACUUUUAAGGUUUGGGGUCUUGACACCAGAUGUCUUGUUUUGUCGGAUGUUUACAAAAAGAAUAGGUCAUGACCUCAUGUCCUAUCGAUCACCCUUUUUGUCAUGCCUAAACUUCACACCGCCCUCUCUGCCGUGUGUCCCCCAGGUACAGGGUGACCCAGGGGGAGCUGUUUGCCCUGCUCUGCCGGCUGGCAGACGAGCUGCUGUUCCGGCAGAUCUCCUGGAUCAAGCGGCUGCCCUUCUUCUGCGAGCUGUCCAUCGAAGGACUACACCCUGCUGCUCAGCGCCACUUGGCAGGAGCUCAUCCUCCUCUCCAGCCUCACCAUCUACAGCAGCCAGAUGUUCGGGGACCUGGCCAACGUCACCACCAAGUACUCGCCCUCUGACUACGAGCUGCAAGGGUAAGAGAAGCCCCAGGAUCUUAGGUCUCCAGGUUCUUGAAUCUGGUAACAUGGAUCCGGGUUUGGGUUCCAUUGCCAUAGCUUUGGCUCAAGGUUGGCCUUUUGGGAGAAUAUUAGGAAUGGUGGUUUCCCUGACCCAGAUUAAGCCUAGUCUGUAGCUUAAUCUGGGUCAGGGAUACCGGUCCUGGGAUACAUUAUUCAUUAAGGCUUUUAAAUGCAACUUAAGCCGUUCUUUAAAAUGAUUGAUUUUAAUUGAUUAUCUCUCAUCAUCUGCCAGGUUUAGUGAAGAUGGAAUGGAUGUGAUGGAGAGAUUGAUAUACCUGUUCCGCAAAUUUCAUCAGCUGAAGGUUAGCAACGAGGAGUAUGCCUGUAUAAAAGCCAUCAACUUCCUCAACCAAGGUAUUACUCUAUGUCAAUUCUACAUACUUUUAAAAUAUGUUGGAAAUUACAAAAAGGCUGGGAUGAUACAAUGGCUGCUGGGCUAAUCUUUACACUGAUUUUUUUAUUUUUAAAUGUCACCUAUGAAAUAUAAUCUGAAAUGUCACUACAAACUGUGCAUACUAUUUAAUUCAUAUUUUAUUAAACCAAGUCCUGGCAAUGAAGGCAGCACUCCUUUAUUGUUUUAAAGGGACGUCUGUAUUAGUCGUCGUCGUAAACCAUAACCCUCUCCUCUGUGCAGAUAUCCGAGGGCUUACUAACAUUUCUCAGCUGGAGAAGCUGAACAGGCGUUACUGGUAUGUAUGCCAGGACGUGGCUGAGUAUAAGUACCCUCACCAGCCCAAACGCUUCCCUGAGAUCAUGAUGUGCCUCCCUGAGAUCCGCCACAUCGCAGGUGAGUACAUACAGUUCAUUCAAUUGUCAGCUUAAAAUGUAGACCUUUUUCAGCUCUGACUGAUAGCCAUUUUCAUUGUAAGGUGUGCAAUAUGUAUUAUGCAUAUGGCUAUACAAAACGUGUACAGUGUGUAUGACAUGGGUAAUGUGCAAUGUACAGUUGAAGUCUGAAGUUUACAUACACUUUAGCCAAAUACAAUUAAACUCAGUUUUUCACAAUUCCUGACAUUUAAUCCUACUAAAACUUCCCUGUCUUAGGUCAGUUAGGAUCACCACUUUAUUUUAAGAAUGUGAAAUGUCAGAAUAAUAGUAGAGAGAAUGAUUUAUAUCAGCUUUUAUUUCUUUCAUCACAUUCCCAGUGGGUCAGAAGUUUACAUACACUCAAUUAGUAUUUGGUAGCAUUGCCUUUAAAUUGUUUAACUUGGGUCAAACGUUUCGGGUAGCCUUCCACAAGCUUCCCACAAUAAGUUGGGUGAAUUUAGGCCCAUUCCUCCUGACAGAGCUGGUGUAACUGAGUCAGGUUUGUAGGCCUCCUUGCUCGCACACGCUUUUUCAGUUCUACCCACACAUUUUCUAUAGGAUUGAGGUCAGGGCUUUGUGAUGGCCACUCCAAUACCUUGACUUUGUUGGCCUUAAGCCAUUUUUCCACAACUUUGGAAGUAUGCUUGGGGUCAUUGUCCAUUUGGAAGACCCAUUUCGACCAAGUUUUAACUUCCUGACUGAUGUCUUGAGAUGUUGCUUCAAUAUAUCCACAUAAUUUUCCUUCCUCAUCAUGCCAUCUAUUUUGUGAAGUGCACCAGUCCCUCCUGCAGCAAAACACCCACACAGCAUGAUGCUGCCACCCCCGUGCUUCACGGUUGGGAUGGGGUUCUUCAGCUUGCAAGCACCACCCUUUUUCCUCCAAACAUAACGAUGGUCAUUAUGGCCAAACAGUUAUAUUUUUGUUUAAUCAGACCAGAGGACAUUUCUCCAAAAAGUAAGAUCUUUGUCCCCAUGUGCAGUUGCAAACCGUAGUCUGGCUUUUUUAUGGCGGUUUUGGAGCAGUGGCUUCUUCCUUGCUGAGCGGCCUUUCAGGCUAUGUCGAUAUAGGACUCGUUUUACUGUGGAUAUAGAUACUUUUGUACCUGUUUCCUCCAGCAUCUUCACAAGGUCCUUUGCUGUUGUUCUGGGAUUGAUUUGCACUUUUCGCACCAAAGUACGUUCAUCUCUAGGAGACAGAACGCGUCUCCUUCCUGAGCGGUAUGACGGCUGCGUGGUCCCAUGGUGUUUAUACUUGCGUACUAUUGUUUGUACAGAUGAACGUGGUACCUUCAUGCGUUUGGAAAUUGCUCCCAAGGAUGAACCAAACUUGUGGUAUUGGCUGAUUUCUUUAGAUUUUCCCAUGACGUCAAGCAAAGAGGCACUGAGAUUGAAGGUAGGCCUUGAAAUACAUCCACAGGUACACCGCCAAUUGACUCAAAUUAUGUCAAUUAGCCUAUCAGAAGCUUCUAAAGCCAUGACACUUCUGACCCACUGGAAUUGUGAUACAGUGAAAUAUAAGUGAAAUAAUCUGUCUGUAAACAAUUGUUGGAAAAAUGACUUGUGUCAUGCACAAAGUAGAUGUCCUAACCGACUUGCCAAAACUAUAGUUUGUAAACAAGAAAUUUGUGGAGUGGUUGAAAAACGAGUUUUAAUGACUCCAACCUAUGACUCCAACCUAACUUCCUAACUUCCGACUUCAACUGUAUGUGCUAUGUUGUGUGCAGUGUUUAUUUUGUAUACAUCACAGUGUGUCUAAGGUUAAUGUUCAUCCUAUCUUAUUAUGGGAUGGCAUCAAGGGAAAACAUUAUACACCCCAAUGUAUGGUAUGGUAAAUACUGUACUGUAAUAGAUAUGUGGUUGCGAAUACUGAAGUGCACAUCAAUGUCCAUUGCCUUUGUUUGGAGGAUAGAUGGGAUUAAGAGAGGUUGUUGUUUCUGUGCUUACUGUCUUUGAUGGUAGUGUAGGAAAAUGUAUGCACUCACUACUGUAAGUGGAUAAGAGCGUAUGCUAAAUGACUAAUAUGUCAAAUGUAAUGUAAAUGGUCGGCCCUUCCAGGGAAGCUGGUGAAUGUUCCAUUGGAACAGCUCCCCCUGCUGUUUAAGGCCGUCCUGCACUCCUGCAAGUCCAGCCCCAACACCCUCCAAGCAGGCACCACCUCCUGCCUGACAACAGGCCCCAACCCUGGCAACUGAGCCACGCCUCUCAAAACCCACCGUCCACCUGA